CGAGGGCGCAACAUCAGGACAGAAUGUCUCUCCUGCUGAUCGUCUUACUAGCACUUCUCCUGCUCCUGAUACUAUCUGUUCUACUCUUCAGGUAAGAAAACAUGCCUUAACAUGGGGGAAGAACACUUUCACAUAAUAUUCCUGUCCUAUAUAGCUUUCUUCUAUUGCUAGAACAACUCUUGCCUAUUCAUAAAAUAGUGCAGCUGUCCCCUUUUCCGAAAGUAUCUAUGCAUACCUUUUAAUUUGGAAUACCUGACUCUGAAAAUCACUAUUCAUGUGACUUGAUAAAUGGAGAGAACCCACUAAAUGUUGUAAUGGGAAUUACUUGGGCUAUCAGACAACUGAACUGCUGAAGCUUUGCUGCAAGAGUUGGCUAGAACAAUGCCCUGUCUUUGUGCACAAACACAAGUGCCAGCCUGUCCUUUGAUGGAACUCAAUAUGACAGGCAAGCACACAGCUCUGUUGAUGGAGAAGUGAGAGACAAGAUUAGUCAUCGUUGAUAGGUGGCACACUAAUGAUGGUAGCAUCCCAAAAUGACACCCUAUUCCCUAUGUAGUGCACUCCUUUUGACCCAUAUCAAAAGAAGUGCACUAUGUAGGAAAUGGUGCCAUGUGGGACGCAGAUGAUAAGUGACUGUUCCAUGUAUAAUUUCUUUAUGACCGGUGACAUUAUAAAAUCAGUUGACAUGGUAUGUUCUCUCUGCUUGUUUUCAGAUGGUUCAUAUGCAGCCUGGCGGUACGGUUCUUCCACAACACACUGAACGCUGAGCUGAAGAUCAAAUCAGUGGGGCUUUUUUCAGUGUGUGGAAUCAGUAUCCAGUUUCAGCCCCAGCACACACUGGUAGGUGACACCGCUAAGAGGCUUUGUACACGACAUUUACGCAGAGAGUGUGGCUUAUGAAAUGAAAUGUAUGGAUGAGCAUCUUUCCGAUACAUAUCUAGCUAGGUACAUGUGCUUCGAUACCAUACAGGAACGAUACGUUUUAGUUUGAAACGAUUCGGUUUGAUUAGAGAACGAAUCGAUGCGAUUUGGUUCGAUGCGUUACGAUUCAACGUAUUAACAUUAGUUGCAUAAACACAUUCAUUUUCCAUUCUAAAUUCAAAUCUGCUGCUGAUGGGUGUAGAUGGGUGACAAAAAAUAUAUAUUUAUUCCAUUUUGCAUUCAGGAUGUAACACAACAAAAUUGGACUAAAAGCUCCAGCUGGUAGAGCACGGCGUUGUAACGCCAAGGUAGUGGGUUCGAUCCCGGGACCACCCAUACACAAAAAUGUAUGCAGAAGACUGUAAGUCGCUGUGGAUAAAAGCGUCGGCUAAUGGCGUAUAUAGUAUUUAUUAUUACUUUUGAAGGAACUCCUGUAUACGCAAAUUUUGGAUUUCACCUCCAUCUCAUAAUCGAAUGGUUUUGACCGUUUACGGAGUGAUCUUCUCUUCUCGCUUCGGCCAUGCAGUGCACCUCGCAAAAGUGAUUGCUUCCCUUGUUAUGAAAUUAUCAACUUUACCCUGUAUAUGUAAAAAUACACUGAUUUGUUUAAAGCAAAACUAUUGCUGAUGGUGAACCUGAACAAUAAAAUGUAUUGUAAGCCCUAUUCAGCAGGCAGUGGUGGUCAGUGCCGUUUAAGAUGAGGGAGGACGAUUCUUUUUUUAAUGAGCAUGGCCUUAUUUCUAUUACAGCAUAUUGUAUGACUGUCAUUCAUAUUCCAUUCACCCAGUUCAAUGUAACAUCGAUAGGUUUAGGCUACUACAUGAUACUAUAAUUUUUGCGGUUGCUACAACCUAACCUAUGAAUGAAAGUUUACAGCGUAGGUGCACAUGUCGAGACAAAAUGUAGAGUAAUCAAGGUGACAGACAUUGACAUAUUCAAUACCACCUUGCACACUUGCCUGCAUCUAGCUGAUCUAAGAUGUAAUCAUUAGUCCAGCAGUUGCAAACAAGAGUUUCUAUUGGAACAAUUAAAGUAUGUUUAUCACCGUUUUGUUCCGUUUGCUUCUGCCUAAGAAACAACACACACAAACAGCAUGAUUACUUUGCUCGUUGUAGCCUACAUCGUUGUUACCAUAUUAGCUAAUAUCAUAGUCAACAUAGCUACUGGAACUAACGCGUUAGUAAACAGUCCCCUGUAGCUCAGUUGGUAGAGCAUGGCGCUUGCAACGCCAGGGUUGUGGGUUCGUUUCCCACGGGGGGCAGUAUGAAAAUGAAUGCACUCAGUAACUAAGUCACUCUGGAUAAGAGCGUCUGCUAAAUGACUAAAAUGUAAAUGUAAAAUGUAAACCCGCUACAAUCAUGCAGUACAUUGUACAGUCAGCAAACAGUUUAGCAGUUACAUCGGCCGGCCCCGGUAGCAAUACAUUUAUAAAACAAAAAGCUUACCUUGACUUGGAAGUGUUCCAGUGUUGGAUAGCCAUUGCCAGCUAGCUAACAUAUGAUCCCUCUCUGUUUGAGCUGGGUGUUUUGAGUAGGCUAAACUAGCUAGCUGCAUUCGCUAAGUAAGUGAAAGUGGGAAAAAAAAUACAACGAAAUAUAGCUAGCUCUCUCUCUCGCUUCUUCAUUUUUGAAUAAAUUAAUUUGUUCAAAACUGUUCAACUAUUGUCUUUCUCGCUCUCUGAGUCAAGUACUCACCACAUUUUAUGCACUGCAGUGCUAGCUAGCUGUAGCUUAUACUUUCAGUACUAGAUUAAUUCUCUGAUCCUUUAAUUGGGUGGACAACAUGUUAGUUCAUGUUGCAAGCGCUCUGAUAGGUUGGAGGACGUCCUCCGGAAGUUGUCAUAAUUACUAUGGAAGUCUAUGGAAGGGGGUGUGACCCAUGAGCCUCCUAGGUUUUGUACUGAAGUCAAUGUACCCAGAGGAGGACUGAAACUAGCUAUCCUCCGGCUACACCAUGGUGCUACCCUACAGAGUGCUGUUGAGGCUACUGUAGACAUUCAUUACAAAAUAAUGUUUUUUAAUCAAUUAUUUGGUGAUGUGAAUAUAUUUAGUAUAGUUUUAUCUAAACAUUUUAUCUAAAAAAUCCUCAUCAGUGAAAUUCACUGAGGAUGGGCCUCCCCUUCAUCCUCUGAGGAGCCUCCACUGUCAGCAGGUAUAGCCAGAUGAGCGUUGUCACUUUAAUAACUCUACCUACAAGUACAUAUUACAUUUACAUUUUAGUCAUUUAGUAGACGCUCUUAUCCAGAGCGACUUACAGAUAGUGAGUGCAUAAAUUUUUUCAUACUGGCCCCCCGUGGGAAACGAACCCACAACCCUGGCGUUGCAAGCGCCAUGCUCUACCAUUACUCGACUAACCUGUGCCCCCGCACUUUGACUCGGUACCGGUACCCCCUGUAUAUAUCCUCGCUAUUGUUAUUUUUACUGCUGCUCUUUAAUUAUUUGUUACUUUUAUUUCCUAUUAUUUUAGAUUGUAUUUUUUUGAUUAUUUUUUGGGGAAUUCUUUCUUAACUGCAUUGUUGGUUAAAGGCUUGUAAGUAAGCAUUUCACUGUAAGGUCUACACCUGUUGUAUUCGGCGCAUGUGACAAAUAAAAUUCUCUGGUAGUUUACUAUUAUUCAGGUAAAACACUAUUUUCAACAGCGCAUAGAUAACAAUAAUCUAGCGAAUUACUUAGGUAAUAAACUAAUAAAGACUAUCACUCAAGCCAUUUUAGCAUUUGAAUGCCAAAGGUGACACACAGAUGUGCAAGAUCAGGAACAGGCCACCUACCCAGUGUUCCCAACAAUUUUUCAGUGAGAAUCGCUAUUGGCUCCUUCAUUUGUCGCUAGAUUACGUUUUGCCGUUACCGCGAGGACUUCACAGCUCCAAUUUGCCUUGCUGCGGCACAGAUGCGGUCGCCCUCUCCAGCCCCCCCCCCAGCUAAAUUGGCAACACCGUGCCUACCUCACGUUGUUCAACGUGCGAAGCUGGGCACAGUUCUCAGUUUGACAAGGCUACUGAUAUUGCCUGGGGUUGUUCGGCAUGCAAAAUCACUUGCAGAUCAAUGACUCACAGAUCAAUGACUCAACACAGUUACAUGCAGUUGACGCUUAAGGAGCGGAAGCAUCAGUUGUCACAAUAUGAGAGGUAUUUUCGGAAGGUAGAAGAAAUGUAAUAUGAGCAAAACAUUUUUGUGAACCGGCGAUUUGUAACGUUUGUAUCGAUUUUCUGACUGCUGCAUGGUACAUUUGGAUCGGUUUGGGGUCCGUGUACUGAUGCACUUGCAUUUUAAACAUUUGAAUCUGGGACCGAUGCAUCUCCCCGAAUUGUUACAUCCCUAGAAAUAAUUUUUCUCUGUUUUCAUUGGGAAGGGUAUUUAUUUGUGUAUUGUCUCUAAGUCACACAAUGUAGAUUAAACACUUUUUCAACUCGUAAGACUACAAUUGAGUUGUAAAACAGGUGCAUUUCUCCUUGUUUUUAUUGCAGGAAAUAGACAGGAUAUGGAUUUCAAGCAAACUUUUAAACCAGAACCUGCCGUGAGUGUUUUAAAGACAUGUUUAUACAAUCUUAUACCCUCAUAAUAUCUCAUAACUUAAUUGCAUAUCUCUCAGGCAUCUUGGCCUUUAAGGGAAAGGGCCUGUGAAUCAUUCAACAAUACAAGGUUUUGAACUCUGGGUUUUUUUCUCAGGAGGUGCCUGGCGUUGUGUGUGGGCGAGACCAGAGUGAGAGUGGAUCUGCAGCAGCCUCUAAGACCUCGGGCGCCUAAGAGCCGUGAUGGAGGAGAGUCAGGGAAGGUUCCCCUUAGCCCCGCAGCCCUGCGGUUCCUCUCCCAGGUAGGGACCAACACGCAUCUGUUCACAUAAGAAUGCUACUCAUUAAAUUAUUCAUGAAAAACAGUGCUCUCAGCUCACUUAACUGCUGUCUCUCUGCUCUCAGUUGCUGUCCUUCCAUAUUGACUCCAUCAACGUGAUGGUGCUAAACCUAGCCCUGUCAGAGUCUCUAUGGCACAUGACCACCUCAAGUAUCGACCUACUGCUCGACCACCAGGGCAAAAGGUUUUAAACCUCCACACACACUAACUUCAUCUAAACAGAUCAUGCUUUUUAGCUUAGCCUGACUAUUUAAAUGUUCAUAACAAUUUCUCAAACUUUCAUAACAGGUUGGCCUGGGACUUUUCUGUGGGGCAGCUAAGCAGUAAAGUGCUUAAAAGCAGUCGAUUAGUAAGUGGAGUUUCUUCCCAUAUAAACAUAGCAAUCUUUUGCUUGUCUCUCUUUAAAGAAGAGUUACUACACAAUGUAUUUCACUGCAUUGUCCCAACUCACUGCUCAGCAGGAUACAUGUCUGGCGGAGGUGUCCUUGAGCCUGGUGCUGUCUGGGGAUGUCAGCCUGCCAGAGGUGCGUCCAGGUCGACUGGCCCUGUGUGUGAGAACACUGCUGGCUGAGCUGCACGAGGGCCUGUUUCUCAGUCAGCUACUGCUUCCACCAAUUCCUCUGGCGAGCAUUCUCUCUGCAGACGGUGAGAAAGUGCAAAGGGUUGUGUCCCAAUGGCACCCUAUUCCCUAUAUAGUGCACUACUUUUAACAAGGAUGGCACCCUAUUCCCUUCAUAGUCCACUACUUUAGGGAAAAGUGUGUCAUUUGAGACGCAGACGUGGUGUUGUUGUAUGGCUGUUGUGAGGUGAUAUUGAGAACCAUUCGGCGAUGCAUUAUUCACAACCAUUUCUCUCUGUUGUCAUUUUGUUCUAGAAUGUGAAAAGGACGAGUAUAUCCAGACUGAAGCAGUGGACCAGUUUCAUCAGCUGGUGCCCCAGAAGGUCAACAUGGAGUUUGAGAAUACUAGUAUAACCCUGUCCAUGCACAGCCAGAAAAGGUGAGUCAUAGGGCACAGAGUUGGUAUGAAUCAUAUUUUUUGUUUUUGUUAUUACAAAAAAAGGCACACUGUCAUUUUGUUCUUCCUCUGACUGUAUAUCUGAAUCAUCCAGACACUUGAACUGGACCCUAAAGUCUCUAAAGGUGGGAUACGGACGUGAGGACGAGCAGCUGCCCCUCAGGAGCUUCACCCCUGAGAUGAGCUUCCCUCAGAGCAGCCUGGAGCUACUUCUGGAGGGUGAGUGGAGAGCUGGGCACUGGGCACCAGAAAGAUGUGCGUCUCAAAUGACAAUCUAUUCCCUACAUGGUGCACUAUAUAGGGAAUAGGUUGCCGUUUAGGAUGUAGCCAUAGAGGAGGGAAAGGGAGGGUCUGGGAGGGAGGAAAAUAACCAUUCCUUGUUUUUGUAUCAACAGAUGGGCUUCUCCUCUCCCAGAGCAGACAGAGAAUCCUUUGCCUUAACACCCUCAGGACUGUCCUGCAGGUGAGUGGUGUGCUUCGGAUUUGAUUGAUACGGUUACUAGUUUUCAUAGUUGCACUGCAUCAUCAAAGCUCUUUGCAAAUAUGCUUGACAUUUGACCUCUUGUAAGAAAUAAGUUUGAUCUGAAGUCUCUUGCUCAUCUCCCACUCAUGCCCCAGGUGACAUCAGUGGACAUUUCAGGGUCAGUCACAGUCAACACCUGCAUCAUCCACUACCGUCACCAGGAGUUCUCCCAUUGGCUAGACCUGUUUCCAUGGAAACAGCUUAUUCAUAGGAAAGCAGCUCAUAGAAAGAGGUAUGAGCAUUUUCAACUGACAAACCAGGCAGGAGAAUGUCAAGCACACCAGUUGAUUGCUUGAAACGGAUGUAAAGACAAUAUCCAACAACAUACAUUACUAACCUGGCCCUAUAGCAUGGUUUCAUUUGAUUUUGAGCCCAACUGAAAACAACUAACACUCUAAUCUUCUCCUGUCUUCAUCCUCAUGUUUCUGUUGUAUCUGGUGGUAUAUUGUGGUGUGGUGUGUAGUCCAGUGGAGUAUUUGCAUACCCUCCCGUCCUACAGGAACUUCCCCCACCUGGACGCCCCAGUGAUGAUCGGCUCCUCGGUGUCCAAUGUCAACGUGUCUGUCCAGCUGGGAGACACUCCUCCCUUUGCCCUGGGCUUCAUCUCAGUCAGCACAGGUACAACACACAUACUCACACAGGGCAUGGUCAAAAUAUACUCCCGUUGCAUUAAAGGUCAAGAAUAUGUUGUUGUGGGAACACAAAGUUUAGUCUUGCCUGGAGAGGAAUGACAGGAAUGCUAAUGGACAGCAGUGGGUAUUUUUCUUCAGUUCAUUCUGCUUUCAACAUUGCAGCAGUUUCAGGAGAUGAAUCAUGGUACUUGACGUGCUGUAGCUGUUGAAUCAACCCUUUCCAAACAUAACAUGCCCUGAUAGAUUAGAUUAGUCAUCAUAAGUGUUUUUGUAAGGCACAGUUAGCUUUUGCCACUCUGUAACAUAUUAAAUACAAUUACUUUAUUCCUGUAUAUAUGGGAAUUAAAUGCAAUAUCCUUUUACACCACGGGAAUCAUCACACACCUAUACAUAGUGAGUAGAGUUAGAGUUGCAUCCCAAAAUGUAGUAAUGUGAUUUGUGAUAUUCAGUAGAUCUGAAUAUGUAAUGUAUAAUGUAGAGAUGCAGCACCUCCUGGACAUCAGCACAAACGCAGAGAGCCUCAAGUUCCAGAAUGUUCACCGCCGCCUCUCUCUGUCCCUGGACCACUUCUGGUGGAGGGUGGGCCAGGGCUCCCACAUCCAGCAGGCACCCCACCCCCCUGGCAAACACGUGUGGGGGGAAGCACUCAUCCUGGACUCCCUUACACUGCAGGUAACGCAGGCAUACAACAAGGUAGGCAUUAGCUAUUUAGGGUUACUCACUAACUACUACUCCCUAUGGUUUCCCCUGGGUUCCAAUGAUGUGAUGAAGAACAUCAGAAUCAGGCUACAGGAAAUCAUUUUCUGAAAUUACACUCUAUUCAUAAAUCAUUGAAAUUGACCAUCCUCUAAACUAAUACCCUACUUUCCCUCAUUUCCUGUAUUGACCUGAUGAUCACAGCCAUGAUUAGUAUUUGACUAAUACUACACCAGACAUUGUUGUCUUUGCUGUCCCUGUCUCCCCAGGGGAGCUUCAACAAGCCCCAGAGUGAGUCCAGUAGCCAUUCUGAGAGUGUGAGUGUGGAGUCCAGUCUGAAGGGCCUACAGCUGGAGGUGUCAGAGACCUGUGCCCUGUGCCUGUCCCGCCUACUGGCCCUCUGUAACCUGGACAACGGCAGGAAGCUGGAGGCCUCGGAGCAGCCAGAUGUGGUGCCUGUACCUGCCCUUGUUGAUGGGAUAACCUCCCCCAGUCAGGGUGCCUUUUAUUUUAAGAUUGAGUGUAACCUGGAGGAUGUCAAUGUGUUCACACUCUCCAAUGUAGCAGGUAAGUUAAAGGGGAAGUGUUAUUUAGGGUGCGUCCCAAAUGGCACCCAUCUCCUAUAUAGUUCACUACUUUUGACCAGAGCCCUAUGGCCCCUGGUCAAAAUUAGUGCACUAUAUAGGGAAUAGGGUGCCAUUUUGGAUGGAUCCUUAAUCUCCAUCUCUGACAAGGCCUACAUUCUGUAUGGUAACUGGCUCCUGUGUGGUGUUAGGAGCCGUGUCUUUGCGGGUGGACACAGUGAAGGCCCAAGGCUCGGCGGAAAGCUCCACAGUGUCUGUCCAGGGUGUGUGUCUGUCUGUAGUGAAGGCUCUCACAGAGACCAUGGAGCCCUGCUGUCCCUCAGCCCAAACCCCCAACCCUGUCCUCAGCCUCUCCACCCUGGCCAUCUGCUACCACGUCACCACCGGGAACGUGGAGGUAGGUUACAGUUACUCAUCCUGCCGUCAGUCCGUCAGGCCUAUUCCUUCUUCUUGAUUGACAGUGUUAUUCAGAUAAGUUCACGUGCAUUGUCCUCUUCCCUUGUGCAGGUCCAGUGUCAAGAGGAGCUGGCAGUGCAAUGGACGCCGUCAGACCACAUGUUUUUGUAUCACCACGCGACAGAGAGCCAGGGUUGCUGGGAUACUCUGUGUGACUCUCUAGGCCUGACAGAGAAAAGAGAGGACAAUAGUUUAGCAGAUUCAUCAGAGUGUGGAUCUACUAAGACUUCUCCAGCCCACAGUAGGGUCAAAGACCUGUCUGUGCGUGUAGAACUGGGCAGAACCCGCUUCACAGCCCAGGUGACGGAGCUCAACUACCUCCUGCUGCACACAGACGCCCUGUCCCUCUCCACACACUCCGGCUCCAUGAACGUCCGCUCGCCACACAUGUUUCUCAACUUCGACGGCAACGACAUUUUCUCCUUCAAGGACCUGGAAGUCCAGACGCACCCUGAUCAGGCCCUGGACCAACGCCACUUCUUCCCCUUCCUCUCCACCCGACACAACCGUGCCUGGGUGUUCACCUGCCCCUGCCUAGCUGUGGAGUUUCCCCUACCAGUACAACUUCUCCAACACCUUUGACAAGUUCAUCAGCGUUCAGAAGUGGCUCAAGUCCCUGCACAGCAGCCCCAGCCAGACCGCAGACCCCCAGCGUCUGCCCCCAGACCUGGUCUUCAAGAUCAGCCAGUUCUCCUUCGUCUUCCUGGACGAUGUGUUUGAGAUCAAGCUGAGGGACAACUAUGAGCUGAUGAAGGACGAGAGCAAGGAGAGCUCCAAGAGGCUCCAGCUGCUGGACAAGAAGGUGGCUGACCUACGAAAGCAGCACGGAGAACUGUUGCCCGCCAGGAAGAUAGAAGAGCUAUAUACGUCUCUGGAGCGCAAACACAUAGAGAUCUACAUCCAGCGCUCCCGUCGCCUCUACUCCAACACGCCCAUGAGGAAGUCUCUGCUGACCUGGACGGUGUCCGACUUGGAGCUGGUGGCUCUGGCCGACCAGUCCCUCCACGGGCUGGAACGCGUCCGCGAGCAGCUGAGGGACAUCGACGGAGUCAGCCCCUUCCCCAGAGAUGGACUCCCCCUGGUGGUCCAGUGGUGCCGGGCAGUCAAGUUCAACCUCACUGCCUUCCUGGGUGAGUGAUGGGAUUAUGUCCCAAAUGGUGCCCUAUUGCCUUUUUAUAGUCCACUACAUUUGACCAUACCUUAAUUAUUUCUAUGAAUAUUGAUAAUAUUAUAUUUAUACUUUAAUUAUUUCUCCCCCUGUGCCAGUGAGAAUCCGGGACUAUCCUCGUUACUUGUUUGAGAUCCGAGACUGGGAGCUGUCAGGCCGCCUGAUCGGGACAGAGCAGGACGGGCAGGGCCGGGCUCGCCGCAGGCAGACAGUGCCACUAGGCCAGCCAUGGGGAGAUGUAACUGUCUACAGGAACAUGCCACCACUCAAGUUCUACUGCGAUUUCAAAUGUGAGUCAAGUGUUUCAAUGAAGCGCGAUCCUCUAUUUUUGUGAUGAACAUUUGUGUUUAUUUUCAACAAUAGACACAUAGCGGUCAAUCACAUAACUUUAUAUGAAUCUGGAUUUGUUAGUUUAAUGUAGUGUUAUCUAAUCUCUAAACAUAUACUGCCAGUUGUGCUAAUUCAACUUAUUUUCCCAUCUCCUCUUCUCUCCAUGCAGCCAAUAUAUCCUUGUACACUAUAGUGUGGGGGCCUUGCUGGGACCCAGCCUGGACCCUGAUUGGCCAGGUGGUUGAUCUGCUGACUAAACCCACGGUUGACCCCUCCCCUCCUCUGGCCUGGUGGGACAAGAGUCGUCUGCUGGUACAUGGACGCUGGAUCAUGGACAUAGAACAGGCCAACCUCCAUCAGCUGGCCACGGAGGUUAACACACAGUCUGAUCAACACUUCUUAGCCACUUACUGUAUAUGGAAAAUGUGUUGGCCUGAGAAUUAGGACUAGCAGCAAUUGUGUUUGACAUAAUUUUGCUAUUUUGUAGGACCCCUAUAACACUACAGAGAACAUGCACUGGGAAUGGAUCAAAGUAAACUACGAGUGGAACCCUGGGCAGUUUGUCUUCAAAGGUGACAUGGAUGUCAACGUCAGGACAGCCUCCAAGUAGGUGGCAGACCGAAAUCUGGCUUUCAAAUAUCAGAGAGAUUCUGGAACCAGCUUCACCUGUGAAACAUUUAGAAUUUCAUGUUUUGGGAAAUUGUUCAGAAUUAGUGAUUUUUGUUGUUGUUGCUUUCUUUUCUUUUUUUUUUGUUCUUCUCAGGUAUGACGACAUCUGUUUCCUGCACCUGCCAAAUCUGUGCAUGACCCUUGACCUCCAGUGGCUUUGUCAUGGCAACCCCCAUGACCAUCACGCUGUAAUGCUCUGCUGUGCAGAGAACGUAGCUGAUGUGACCUCAGGACAACCUCACGACUCCUUCAGAGCCUUCCGCUCAGAGAACCUCAACCUCUCCAUCACCAUGGACCUCAACCAACACUGUGGCACAGGUGAGGCGAUUGUCCGGUUACCUUGUGAUAGCUGUGUGGCUUGGCUUUUUUCCAGGUUCACUGAGGAAUUCUCCACAGAGGCUGCAUCCCAAAUGGCACCCUGUUCCCUAUAUAGUGCACAAAUUAUGAUCAGCGCCCGUAGGUUCCCUCAGUCAGGCUCUUAGUCAAAUAAGUAAUGGAGGUAAUAGUGUCAUUUGGGACACAGUGUACACUUGUUAAAUCAAGUGUAUGUAUUUAGCUUGGAUGCAAUAGUCAAGACGAAUAAUCAAACAAUCAUUAGCUCUGAUGUUGACUGUCUCUUUAUUUCUGUCUCUCAGAGCCGUGCCAGCCCAGAAUCCUCCUGUACAGCAGUACCCUGCGCUGGAUGCAGAACUUCUGGGCCACCUGGACCAGCGUUUCCAGACCCAUCUGCAGAGGCAAGCUCUUCCACAGCCUCAGGCCCAUACGAAAGAAGCUGGGCCAGCACUACAAACAGAUGUCCUAUACAGCAGCCUUUCCUCAACUACAAGUGAGUAAAUCACCAACACUAUGGUUGUGUCCCAAAUGGCACCCUAUUUCCUUUAUAGUGCAAUAGUUUGACCAGUAGUAGUGCACUAUAUAGGGAAUAGGGUGCUAUUUGGGACUCAUCCACUCACUGCUAAUGUUCAGCCUACAUCCCAAGAACAAAGCAGACAAAGCUUUGUCAAUAUAGGAUAAAAUUGCAAUUUUAAAGACAUCAGUCUUUCUGCUUAUAUGAUCUCUUAUUACUGAUUCCAUGUUUUCAGAGAGCACUGUCCCUUGCAUGUUCUUUUUACCUCCUAUGAGCGCUAACAUUUGAGAUUUGACCUUUGACCUUGUGUCUCCUGCCCAGGUGCAUUACUGGGCCUCUUUCGCUCAGCAGAGGGGCAUCCAGGUGGAGUGCAGCAAAGGCCACGUCUUCACCAGAGGGGCUCAGAGACUCAUCCCACAGGGUAAGAAGAGGGGGCACAACACAAUGGUCUUAUUGGUAUUUAUUUUAUUGGUUGCAUCUCAAAUGACAGCCUGCCUGUUGGUCUAACCCCGACUGUGUGUGUGUCGUCUGUCUCUCUGUCCGUCUGUCUGUUCUCUCAGCGGGCACGGUGAUGAGGAGGCUGAUCUCAGAGUGGAACGUGACCCAGAUGGUGUCGGAGUUGUCCCUGAUGACGGUGCACCUCAUGGCCUCCACCUGGGAUGAGACGGCCGACCACCAGAUCAAUGCCCAGGUGAAGAAGACCCACCUGCUCGGCCUGUCCUCCCUCAGUUACCAGCGCCAGAGCAACCGCAUGGAGGAGGUAAGACAACGGGGAGGGGAUGGUAGACACCCCAAAGUUGAUGGCACAGGUUGCGUCUCCAUUUGCACCCUAUUCACUAUGUCGUUCACUGCUUUUGACCAGGGCCAAUAGGGCGCAAGUUGGGACACACACAGUAGCUUCUUAACCAUUGUAGUGAGAUUUAAAUUAAUUAUAUUUGUUCUGGCUCUGUGUCUCAACCCUUGAUUUGUAGUUCUCCAGUCAAAAGGUGUAGCUAGAUCUCUUUUAAAAACGUGAUGCAUAUUAAUGGUGUUUCUCAUUGUGACAGGAGGUGAACCCAAAAGAUGAGGCGAAUGCCCCCUACACCCACAAGCUGUGCCUGGUUGACCUGCGAGCCUCCUGGACCACCACUAACAGGAACAUAGCGUUCGGUCUGUACGACGGCUACAAGAAGGCAGCCGUUCUCAAGAGGAACCUCUCCACAGAGGCUCUGAAGGGCCUGAGGAUAGACACUACACUGCAAGCUGCCAAGAAGCACAAGCGCUCUUUGUCCAACUACUCCGGCGGCCCCAGCACAGCCCCCUCCACCUCAACCAUGCCCAGCACCAGCCGCCCUGAGAAGAGCCAUCACGAAGGUAGGAUGUUUCCCCUGGAGUAACUGAAGUGCAACCUAACUUAUUGUGAAUGAAUGCUAUUUUAUAUGAUUUUCUUUUUAAAUAUAUAUUUUUCAGAGCUUUACAGAUUUUAUUGAACAGAUUGUGAAAGAGGAUGACAGUGGGGGAAGGCCGCCAGGCCGGUUUCGAACCCAUGUCAACACUGUAGAUACACUAUACAUGUGGACACCCCUUUAAAUGAGUGGUUUCGGCUAUUUCAGCCACACCGUUGCUGACAGGUGUAUAGAAUCAAGCACACCACCAUGUAAUCUCCAUAGACAAACAUUGGCAGUAGAAUGGUCUUACUGAAGAGCUCAGUGACUUUCAACGUGGCACCGUCAUAGGAUGCCACCUUUCCAACAAGUCAGUUUGUCAAAUUUCUGCCCUGCUAGAGCUGCCCCGGUCAACUGUAAGUGCUGUUAUUGUGAAGUGGAAACGUCUAGGAGCAACAACAGCUCAGCCGCGAAGUGGUAGGCCACACAAGCUCACAGAACGGGACCGCUGAAGCGUGUAGCGUGUAAAAAUCGUCUGUCCUCGGUUGCAACACUCACUACCGAGUUCCAAACUGCCUCUGGAAGCAACUUCAACACAAUAACUGUUCGUGCGACUCUGGGUUUGGGGGAUGCUCGAAGAACGCUACCAGCCCCAAUGCAUAGUGCCAACUGUAAAGUUUGGUGGAGGAGGAAUAAUGGUCUGGGGUUGCUUUUCAUGGUUCGGUCUAGGCCCCUUAGUUUCAGUGAAGGGAAAUCUUAACGCUACAGCAUACAAUGACAUUCUAGACGAUUCUGUGCUUCCAACUUUGUGGCAACAGUUUGGGGAAGGGCCUUUCCUGUUUCAGCAUGACAAUGCCCCUGUGCACAAAGCGAGGUCCAUACAGAAAUGGUUUGUUGAGAUCGGUAUUGGAAGAACUUGACUGGUCUGCGCAGAGCCCUGACCUCAACCUCAUCGAACGCCUUUGGGAUGAAUUGGAACGCCGACUGCGAGCCAAGCCUAAUCGCCCAACAUCAGUGCCCAACCUCACUAAUGCUCUUGUGGCUGAAUGGAAGCAGGUCCCAGCAGCUAUGUUCCAACAUCUAGUGGAAAGCCUUCCCAGAAGAGGAUGCUGUUAUAGCAGCAAAGGGGGGACCAACUCCAUAUUAAUGCCCGUGAUUUUGGAAUGAGAUGUUCGACGAGCAGGUGUCCACAUACUUUUGGUCAUGAAGUGUAUGUAUGCCAGAGGCUGCAACAUUACUGCUAGACCAGCCAGUCCACAUGAAGGGUCUUUCAAUAUGAGAAUUUACUGACUCUGUUUCUUCAAUUUCCUUCCUCCUCUCUGCAGGGACGUCCAUGCUGCAGAAGCUGAUUGAGGAGACUGAUAAGUUUGUGGUGUUCUCAGAGGAGGACUCUGGUGUGAGUGAUCAGCUGUGUGGCAUCGCUGCCUGCCAGACAGACGACGUCUACAACCGCAACUGGUUCAUCGAGCUGGUCAACUGUCAGGUACAACGGACCACUAGUCUGGGAGUUUAGGUUCAUGGCAAAUCAGAUUACGAUUGUAAAGCGCGGUGGGCCAGGCAAAUCAGAUUAAGAUUGUAAAGCGCGGUGGGCCAAUCACACUUUUAUUUGCCCCCAAAGGUAACAAUUAUGUUUGCUAACAGGACCUUAAUGGACAUAGACAAAUAUUGAAGGAAUGUUCUGCGUUUCAAUCUUUUCGGAUCCUUAGCAAUACAGAAAACCAAAUCCUUAGCAAUACAGAAAACAGAAUCCUUAGCAAUACAGAAAACCGAAUCCUUAGCAAUACAGAAAACAGAACUUGUUCUAUUUUUAGCAACUUCUAAUUUAAAAUGUUCUGCCAGUCAUUUAUUUAGCAUGUGACACUCCAGUCUCCAGGGUUAUAAUCCUGCUCUGCUGUCUGUCUGUAGAUGAUGCUGCGUGGCACAGAGACAGCUGGCUGCGUGCUGGUGUCUGCUGCCAAGGCCCAGCUGCUGCAGUGUGAGCACCACCCGGCCUGGUACAGCGACACCCUCAAGCAGAAGACAACCUGGACUUGUCUGCUGGAUGGCAUGCAGUACUUUGCCACCAUGGAGCCCAACCCCUCAGAACAGGAGGACUGGCAGCUGUGGCUUGAGGUGGGCCAUUGAAACCAUUAUUAACAGGGUCUUAAAAAAUUUCCUGGUUGCUAAAAUUCUAAUAGUUCGCCUAAUUUCAGUUUGUGACAAAGCAAGCAAGUACAUUUACAUUUUACAUUUUAGCUAUUUAACAGACGCUCUUAUCCACGUGUGUGCAUACAUUUUCAUACUGGCCCCCCGUGGGAUACGAACCCACAACCCUGGCGUUGCAAGUGCCAUGCUCUACCAACUGAGCUACAGGGGACUAUUAUUGUGUAGAUAAUCAUUGUACCAUCUAAACCAUUGUGAAAUAUCUUUUCCAUAACCAAAAAUAUUGUAUUUUCAGCUGUUUGGAGCUGGUGUAAAAAAAAAAGAAAAAAAAGAAGUCAGACACAAAAACGAAACUUAAGAAAAGGAAGCAUAGAAAUAGUGCACAUAGAACAAACUACCGCUUCUUAGACUUGCUUUCUAUGAGAGUGACAGAUCUAUAACUCUCAUAUUUUAUGUGAAUUUGGUCGGGUCGGCCAAAAAGUUACAUUGCAGCUUUAACAAGAACUACCAUAAAUGAUCAUCUGAAGCAUUGAAUGGUGAUGUGUUGUGCAUGGCUCAUGGCUUACAUUCAGGCUCAAGUCCAAGUUGCAUAACAGAGAGUGGAUUUCUGCAGUUAGCCUUUCAGGUUCAGGGUGCUGUCACAGCUUUGACCGUGUGUCUUUGCCUUGGUUGUGCAUGGUGCGUCUGCAGGUGAAAAACAUUGAGGAGCACAGGCAGCGUCACCUGGACUCAGUGCUGGAGCUGAUGGAGAGUGGCCAGGCUGUUGGAGGCAUGGUCAGCACCACCACAGGUACUGCUGCUCCUCACACAUACUCUACUUCAUAGAAUGCACUAUGUUUAAACCCUGGCCCUACAAAGCUGAACAUCUCAUCUUGAUUUGAAUCUUUCCUUAAAGGGGAAUUCCUCAUAUUCAUUAUCUCCAGCACCAUGCCAGUGUCUACAUAUGUGUAAACUGCACAUUUCUAUGUUCUAUAGUUAAAAAGGUCCUAGGAAAGUACCACGAUGAUAAUUAAAAUUAGGUUAAGUGGUGGAAUUACCCUUUUAACUUGUGUCAAGGUAAAUGUAACACUUCCUCUCUGUGAAUCCAGACUGGAACCAGCCGGCCCAGGUGAAUGACACCCAGCAGGUCCAGCGUAUCAUCUCUCGUUGCAGCUGUCGCAUGUACUACAUCGGCUACAGCCACGACAUCGACCCUGAGCUGGCCACGCAGAUCAAACCCCCAGAGCUACGGCGCAACGAGAAGGAAGACCUUCUGAAAAAACAAGCUGGUAAGCCAACCCAUAGAGCUCAUAUAUGCACUGUUUUAUAUCAUAUUUUUAAAAAAUUCCCUGAAUUUAAUCAUGUUGUUUGGAUGCUAAAAUCCAUUCUAAUGUUCUACUUUAUUUUGUGAGGCAACUGACAUCCUCAAAUACAAUGUCAGAACAUGCUGACAAUCUUGCUGUGUUGUUAUUGAGUGUAAAGGCUUGAGCCCUUGAACUUGGUGUCUUCCCCCCCACUGCACUCUCAGGGGCUGUGGACACCUUCACCCUCAUUCACCAUGACCUGGAGAUCUCCACCAACCCUGUGCAGUAUGCUAUGAUCCUGGACAUCGUCAACAACCUACUGCUGCACGUUGAGCCCAAACGCAAGGUAACGAGAUGCCUCAACAUCAUCUGACUAGGCAGUGUUUUGUCCUAUAGCAUUUGCAACUGUAUACGGGGAGAAUCCUAACUUCCACUUAAAUUUAAUGUUCACUUAGUCAUGCAUUGAGCUCAAUGGGAGCCUAAGUGAACAUUUUACUCGAGUGGAAGUUCGGAUUCACCCCUACUGUAUGAUAGCUGAAGUCUCUGCACUGUACAAGUCCCUCAUGCGUCCCAAAUGGCAUGAUAUUCCCUAUGUAGUGCAUUACUUUUGACCAGGGCUCUAAAUAGGAAAAAGAGGGAAUAGGGUGCCAUUUGGGAUGCCUCCUGUCUUACCCUCUGACCAUGUUGUGUGUGGGGGGUCUGUCCCCAGGAGCACAGUGAGAAGAAGCAGCGAGUGCGUUUCCAGCUGGAGAUCUCCAGUAACCCAGAGGAGCAGCGCAGCAGCAUUCUACACCUGCAGGAGGCCGUCAGGCAGCACGUGGCCCAGAUCAGACGCUUGGAGAAACAGAUCUACUCCAAUAUCAGGGUGAGCCAUUGGACAGACUGACACACACUCUGGCUGAUUUCAGCACUGUUACUUGUGAGGUGAAAACCAAAGGUGAAGGUAAUUCCUCUGGGAGGGACAAUGGUUGUAUUCAAUCUAGUUUACUUUAUUUCAAUUAUAAUCUAGAGGGGGAAUAAAACACAUCCCUGAGUUAUGAACCCCAAAGCACUGAAAUAUCUACUUGGUAAGUGUGUAUUUGACCUGUGUGGUGUGUGACCUCCCCCAGGCCCAGCCUGAGGAGCUGAGAGGAGAUGAGCUGUCAGAGAUCAACGUGAGGCUGCAGAACCAGCUCAACCAGGAGAAGACUGACAUGCAGAUGAAGAGUGAGGAGCUCAACAUCCUCAUCAGGUCAGCCCAACACCGCCACACACACACCAUUCAAUGCCUAGUCAAACUACCCAACACUGCCACACACACCAUCUUUUCAAUGCCUAGGAAAACUACUCGGCCAACCAUGGGAAGUUCUGAGAUACUUCCUAAGAUUACUGACUCAUCCUAUCCUGUGUUCUUCCCUGUAUGUCUCUCUCUGCUCCCAGAUGUUUUAAAGACUUCCAGCUGCAGAGGGCCAAUAAGCUGGAGCUGCGUAAGCCCCCGGAGGACGUGAGUGUGGUUCGCAGGACAGAGAUCUGCUUUGCCCAGGCCCGCUGGUGUCUCACUGAGGAGGAUGGACAGCUGGGCAUCGCUGAGCUGGAGCUGCAGAGGUUCAUGUACAGCAAGGUGGGUGGGCAAGGGGCAGGGAGGACACUGCUGCUCUGUCCUAGGGGCAGGGAGGACACUGCUGCUCUGUCCUAGGGGCAGGGAGGACACUGCUGCUCUGUCCUAGGGGCAGGGAGGACACUGCUGCUCUGUCCUAGGGGCAGGGAGGACACUGCUGCUCUGUCCUAACAAGGAGAUGACCCUAACUCUUUUGAUACUGUGCUUCGGCUAGAGAGCUGGGCCCAUAUUCACAGAAAGUCUCAGAUUAGGAGUGCUGAAAUAAGAUCAGUUUUGCCUUUUAAGAUAAUAAUGAAUAAGAUUAUAUGGAUAGGGGGUACCUGAUCCUACAUUAGUACUCCUACUCUGAGAUGCUUUAUGAAUGCGAGCCCUGAUGUUGACGCUAAACAUCUGUUAAACUGUCUCCUCCCACAGCUGAACAAGUCAGACGACACAGCAGAGCAUCUCCUGGAACUGGGCUGGUUCACCAUGAACAACCUGCUCCCCAACGCUGCAUACAAGGUUAGGAAAUAGUGCUCAUCUCUGAUCUUUUCUUUGGUAAGGGCAGUCUGUAGCUCAAUCCGUGUAUCCUUUGGAUACAUUUUUACAGCCAGUAGAGCUAUGCAUCUGUGGAGCUUACAAAUAUUGCCUCUAAAGGGGAUCUCUGAUAGGACAAGUCUUUUCUGUUGAGUCUUUGCAAUCUUUUGUCAGAAACAAUAAGUUUCCAUCUCCUGCUGUUACUGAUCCAAUGAUUCCAGGUCAUGUUGCACCCAACAUGUUGUGCUCACAAAGACCUCUAAAGCAGUGUUUGCUUGUGUUGAUAACUCUACUUGGUUUCCUCUGUGCAGCACGUGAGGGUAUGUAUGGGGCUGGUACAGUAACUGGGAGUUCAUGUCACUGUUGUUGACGCCAUACUGCUCAAUCAUCCAGUCAGCAUCACUGAAAUCACCCUCAGAAUAUUAUGCAUGUGUCCCAAAUGGCACCCUAUUCCCUAUAUAGUGCACUACUUUUGACCAGAGUCCUAUGGGCCUUGGUCAAUAGGAGUGCAUUAUUCAUGGGAUAGGGUACCAUUUGGGACACAGGCUUUGUUAUUCAGCAUUGCAUGUCCACCAUGGGACUGGCUCACUCCAACGCCCACCUCCACAGUCCCUCCUCUUAUUGCGUGCUCCUCAUUGCAUUUGCACCGUCAUCUGAAUGCUGUACGGUACCAUGCCUUACGUCGCUGUGUGAGUCGUGUUUGUUUUCCAAAUGUUUUCCUGUUCAAAUGGGAGGAAAAAUCCAUAUAGCUGUGAAUUGAUUCAUUUAUCCCCCUGAUCACCAUUGAUGCUAUAUGGACACAUUUCAAUUUUGUUGUAUUGUCUUUACAGAAUAUACUGUAUUCUGAAUUAAAUUGGUUUCCCAAAUUACAUAAAAAUAUUUUUGGGUUGCUUCAUGAAUCAGCGGUUAGGAGCAUGGCAUUAUUCCAGUGAUUAUUUUGGCUGCGUCCCGAAUGACUCCCUAUAUAGUGCACUACUUUUGGUGCCAUUUGGGAUGCAGCCUCUGUGUUGUGACUUUUAACUUCAUGAAAGCUGUCUCCUAGGUGGUGUUGCGUCCUCAGAGCCCGUGUCAGUCCGGCCGGCAGUUUGGCCUGCGCAUCUUCAGUAAGGUCCGGCCCCCAGUGGGAGGCAUCUCAGUCAAGGAGCACUUUGAGGUGAGGAAGCAUGUGAUCAUAACAUUAGAGCUGUGAUAAUGUGUGUGAUCAUAACAUUGAAGAUGUCAUAACAUAUGUUAUCAUAACAUUGAAGAUGUCUUAACAUGUGAUCAUAACAUUUAAUUAUGAAAGCAUUGGGAGCAUACAGGUAGACAUGUUUCUCUGUUGUAAUGUGUUUGUGCCACCAGGUGAACGUGGUUCCUCUCACCAUCCAGCUCAUGUACCAGUUCUUCAAAAGGAUGAUGGGAUUCUUCUUCCCAGGAAGGAACGUGGAGGAGGAGGAAGUUGCUGAUGAGGAGGACAAGUCCCGAAUGGUCACUACUGGUAUGUAUUGCGUCUACCUGCUAGCAUCCUGUCCAGGGGGCUUACAUCAAGCUACAGAAACAUGUAUGUAUUGCCUCUACCUGCUAGCAUCCUGUCCAGGGGGCUUACAUCAAGCUACAGAAACAGAAGAUAGGUGCCUGCCAUAUGGACCAUUCUGACUCGGACAAGGCUUACUUACUUACCAGCUAUUGAUGUGCAACAGUUAUACUUUACUAUAUACGUUCACUUUCCCUCAAGUCUCCAACCAUCCUCUACAUGUUGACCAGCCUGAAAUCCACACCUCUCUCCACCCAACCAAUCAAUAUUAGUUUCCAUUGUCUUUGCAAGCUCUUCAUCAUGUGUGGUAUUGGAUUGCUAGUUGCUGUGUCACCCCUGGUGGCUAUUAAAAGCCAGGGUCUACUGUGAUCCUGAGGGCUGUGUGAGAAGGUGCAUCCCACAUGGCACCCUAUUCCCUACAUAGUGCAUUAUGGGCCCUGGUCAAAAGUAGUGCACUAUAAAGGGGAUAGGGUGCCCUAUUGGACAUUUUGGAGAGCUGCAGGAGUAUAGGUUGUGGACUGUAGAGUGGUGGAGUCAUUGAGGCCAUGCUGCUGAUGAUGCUGCUGUCUUUCUUGUACUCACAUCCACACUUGUUUUUCUUCCUGGCACUGGUUCUGCUGAUUGCGGCUAUUUCAAAGAAGGGUGUAUAACUUAAAUUACUGUAUGUGGUUGUUUUUCCUACUAAACUUAGUUGAAUGCACUGACUUGUAUGUCGCUCUGGAUAAGAGUGUCUGCUAAAUGACUAAUGUAAAUUGUAUCUCAGGCAUGCCUGUCAUCAAGCCUCGGCAGCUCUCGGAGGACACCAUGGGGGUCAUGGGCCCCAGCAAAGGCGUCACCCAGGGCUUGAACCGCACCUCUGGGGUCAGGAGGUCCUUCCGUAAGGCUGUUGAGGUAUUUGUUGUGUUUUUGUUAAAUUAGAAAUGAGAAAAGAUUCAUCUUUAUGUGUUGAUGUAUCCCCAAAUGUUCAUACUGCCAUACUACUUUGACACCCAGCUACAUCUGCUGGGGGAAUUGGCUCGUUGUUUUCACAAGCACUUCCCAACUUUCUCGUUAUAUUACUUUUGACCAGAGCUCUGUGAUGAGUAUUAGGGUGCCAUUUCAGACGCAGCCUUAGAUCUUCCGUACUGUAUUGAAACUGAAGUAUGUCUUAUUUUCCCUACCUAGCAUCCUGUAGAUGACAUUGACAAGAUGAAGGAGAGAGCAGCCAUGAAUAACUCCUUCAUCUACAUCAAGAUCCCCCAGGUUCCCCUGUGUGUCAGCUAUAAGGUAGGUAUCGCCAUGUGCUGAAAUUAAGGGUAGCACAUUUUCCAGAAAUCCCGGUUGGAUGAUUCCCGGAUUUCCUGCUUAUUCCCUUCUGAUUCCAGGAAUCUUCCAACCGGGAUUUCUGGGAAUGUACCGGAAGUUGUCUGGAUUUUGCAGCUAGCUAAAGUACAACAGGACUCAAUGCUUUGAUUCAAGACAGUUAUUGAUUCUAUAUACAUGUUGGUGUGUCAGUGAGUUCAUAAAUAAAUAUUCCCCUCGAAGGGAGAUGUUUAAUCUCACUCAGCCAUUAUUAGGUAAAGAGAAAUGUCAUCAUGAUUCUGUGUUUAACCCACACCAGGUCACAUGCUAAAAUACCUCAACAUCUGGUGUGUUGUCAUGUGUUUUAUCCGAUUUGUAUAUGUAAACCUUCUCACACUGUUGGCGUGUUUGUGACUUGGACGUCAUUUUUUAUCCCACUCCGAUUUUCAAUUUCAUGUUUUUAAGGAUUUGCAAAAUAAUCGUUAUUUUCCAAUGACAGCAUUAUCUUGCCUUCCAGAUUACAUAAUGCUUGGUAUUAUCAACCAUGGUGUUUCAAUCCCUUUUCAUAGCUGACUUGAGUAAAUGUUUAAAAAAUCUAAAUGUUUAAUAUUGAAAAUGUAAUAUUCGUUUAUGAAUUAAGCAGGAGAUCAAUGAACCCACACAGACAUGUCAUGAAGGCAUGAUUAUUGUAGAAUUGUAUGAACAACUCUUGUACUUUUUAACUCCCAGACAAUGUUUCAUUAUGUAUUUUGUGCUUGUGUCCACAUAGGGAGAGAAAAGCAGUGUUGACUGGAAGGAUCUGAACCUUGUUCUGCCUUGUCUGGAGUACCACAACAACACGUGGACCUGGCUGGACUUUGCCAUGGCUGUGAAGAGGGACAGCAGGAAAGCACUGGUAGCACAGGUACUGCACUGAACCCUGUCCCGCUUAUUACUAACCCAACCAUUGUGGGGUAAAGUUCCCCUAGAUACAGAUCUAGGAUCAGCCUCCCCUUCCCCUUGACCAUUAGUGGGGAAAAUGCCAAACUAACCCAGGGUCAGCAUGUAGGGGCAACUUCAUCCUACUCCGUACUGCACAGAACCUUGGCCCCUCCCAUUACCAACACAGUCAUGCCCUACAGUAGCAGUUUGAUGGCAAAAAUGGCACUUCUACCAUCAUUACAUUUUACAUUUUAGUCAUUUAGCAGACGCUCUUAUCCAGAGCGACUUACAGUUAGUGAAUACAUUUUUUUUUUAUACUGGCCCCCCGUGGGAAUCGAACCCACAACCCUGGCGUUGCAAACGCCAUGCUCUAUCAACUGAGCUACAUCCCUGCCGGCCAUUCCCUCCCCUACCCUGGACGACACUGGGCCAAUUGUGCGCCGCCCAUGAGUCUCCCGGUCGCGGCCGGCUGCGACAGAGCCUGGAUUCGAACCAGGAUCUCUAGUGGCACAGUUUGCACUGCGAUGCAGUGCCUUAGACCACUGCGCCACUCAGGAGUACACGUACAUCAUGAUGUUCCAAGCUGCCAAAAUGCCAAUCCCUGCUUAAAGCUAUUUUUAUAUGUCACAAUAUAGAACUAUGUAUAGUUGACUUUAGUCAUAUGUCCUAUAUAUUUCUCACGUUUUCCUUUUCCCAUCCAUAGAUGAUUAAGGAGUUCUUGAACCAUAUGUUAUUUCAUAUUUUCUGAAAUGACCUAUGGGGAAAAAAACUAGUAUUUAGUCAGCCACCAAUUGUGCAAGUUCUCCCACUUAAAAAUGAUUUUUUAUGAAUUUAUUUGGAAAUUAUGGUGGAAAAUAAGUAUUUGGUCAAUAACAAAAGUUUCUCAAUACUUUGUUAUAUACCCUUUGUUGGCAAUGACACAGGUCAAAUGUUUUCUGUAAGUCUUCACAAGGUUUUCACACACUGUUGCUGGUAUUUUGGCCCAUUCCUCCAUGCAGAUCUCCUCUAGAGCAGUGAUGUUUUGGGGCUGUCGCUGGGCAACACGGACUUUCAACUCCCUCCAAAGAUUUUCUAUGGGGUUGAGAUCUGGAGACUGGCUAGGCCACUCCAGGACCUUGAAAUGCUUCUUAUGAAGCCACUCCUUCGUUGCCCGGGCGGUGUGUUUGGGAUCAUUGUCAUGCUGAAAGACCCAGCCACGUUUCAUCUUCAAUGCCCUUGCUGAUGGAAGGAGGUUUUCACUCAAAAUCUCACGAUACAUGGCCCCAUUCAUUCUUUCCUUUACACGGAUCAGUCGUCCUGGUCCCUUUGCAGAAAAACAGCCCCAAAGCAUGAUGUUUCCACCCCCAUGCUUCACAGUAGGUAUGGUGUUAUUUGGAUGCAACUCAGCAUUCUUUGUCCUCCAAACACGACGAGUUGAGUUUUUACCAAAAAGUUCUAUUUUGGUUUCAUCUGACCAUAUGACAUUCUCCCAAUCCUCUUCUGGAUCAUCCAAAUGCACUCUAGCAAACUUCAGACGGGCCUGGACAUGUACUGGCUUAAGCAGGGGGACACGUCUGGCACUGCAGGAUUUGAGUCCCUGGCGGCGUAGUGUGUUACUGAUGGUAGGCUUUGUUACUUUGGUCCCAGCUCUCUGCAGGUCAUUCACUAGGUCCCCCCGUGUGGUUCUGGGAUUUUUGCUCACCGUUCUUGUGAUCAUUUUGACCCCACGGGGUGAGAUCUUGCGUGGAGCCCCAGAUCGAGGGAGAUUAUCAGUGGUCUUUGUAUGUCUUCCAUUUCCUAAUAAUUGCUCCCACAGUUGAUUUCUUCAAACCAAGCUGCUUACCUAUUGCAGAUUCAGUCUUCCCAGCCUGGUGCAGGUCUACAAUUUUGUUUCUGGUGUCCUUUGACAGCUCUUUGGUCUUGGCCAUAGUGGAGUUUGGAGUGUGACUGUUUGAGGUUGUGGACAGGUGUCUUUUUAUACUGAUAACAAGUUCAAACAGGUGCCAUUAAUACAGGUAACGAGUGGAGGACAGGGGAGCCUCUUAAAGAAGAAGUUACAGGUCUGUGAGAGCCAGAAAUCUUGUUGUUUGUAGGUGACCAAAUACUUAUUUUCCACCAUAAUUUGCAAAUAAAUUGAUUAAAAAUCCUACAAUGUGAUUUUCUGGAUUUUUUUUUCUCAAUUUGUCUUUCAUAGUUGACGUGUACCUAUGAUGAAAAUUACAGGCCUCUCAUCUUUUUAAGUGGGAGAACUUGCACAAUUGGUGGCUGACUAAAUACUUAUUUUCCCCACUGUAUGUUUCCUCCCCCUCCCUCUCUGUGUAGAUGAUAAAGGAGAAGCUGCGUCUGAAGCCGGCGUCGGGCUCUGACUCUCGGGGCAAGGUGUUUGAGGGGAAGUCCGACAGUAGCAUGCAGCAGCAGGAGGAGGAUGAGAAGGCCCGACUCCUCAUCGGUCUCAGCAGCUCAGACAAGAGCUCCAGCAAGAAGAGCAUCUUCAGCCGACGCAAGUGA